CUCUCGUCGCCAGUAUAAAAGAUUCAUUCCAGCGAGCACAGCUUCAGGUUGAAGCUAACGAAAUGAGGUGUUUAACGCUGCUAACGUUUUUGAUCUUGGCCAUGCUGGCCCUCAGCGCUAAAGCUGGCAAGGUGACCAUCAAGGGCGAAUGCGUGGAUUGCAAUAGACCCGAUGCGGCUACGACAACAACACGUCGACCGAGCACCGCGCAUGGCGGACAUGGACGCACAACCACGCCGAAGCCCAAGCCGAAGAGCCACAAGACAUCAUCUGAAAGUGACGAGGAUUUGAGCAUGGGCGACUGGAGUCUGAGCCAGGGCGCACACGGGGCACAGCACAUCUCGGGUGGAUCGCGCCACAAGCGGCAGCGUCAGGUGAUAAUAACGGAUCCGGGCUUCGGUGGCGGCGGCUGGUCAGGUGGUCGUGUGACCACACUAGAUUCCCGUGGACGUCCCGGCGUUCUGGUGCGCAACGAUGACUGCGUUGGCUGCAACAUAAACGGCUAAGGGGUGCUUCCCCUCUGGGAGCGGGCGGAAGCGGGCGGACUAAACGUGUGCUAAUAAACGAACUACAGUGUUCCCCUGUUCCCCGUAU